UUUAUGAAAGUUUUGUUGUUUUUUUAAAAAAAAGAUCAAAAUCAAGGAAUUAAAUGAAUUAAUUAAAAAACCAGCUACCAAUAAUCAUUGUCAAUAGUUAUGAGUUAAAAGUGAUUAGCUUUGCAAGCAUGUAUUUUCCAAUUGGGUGGCCGAAAGUCGUACAAGUUUCUGAUUCAGGUCAGGGGGGCUCGUUGAAACAGAUCAAAUGCAACAGAGACCGGAUUUUAGUGGCUAUUUUAACAGACGACUCUCUAGCAAUAUGGUUUUGUAAACCUUGUGUGCCAAUAGUUUAUCAUCGAAGAAAUGCUCAAUCUCUAGAGAAGUUUGGAACAAACAUUACAGCAGAAUGGAAACCAGAUUCCAGCAAAAUAGUCGUUGCUACAUCAGAAGGUCACUUACUUUUCUACAAACUUAAUGUUAUAUCCAACCAAAAAGGACUUUAUAUCCAGACUGAUUCACCGCACGCUAAUUUAAGAAGAGACAGUGCCGAAUUGUUUAUUAAAGAAACUAUUCCGCCAUUAUCCUUGGAAAUAUGCAAUGAAAGUUUAGUAUGGGAUGGCAAAAUAACCAGCAUAGUAUGCAUAACGAUGGCCGAAAUUAUGCUAUCAACCACAGAAAAUCAUGUACUAAGAUAUAGAUGGGAUGGUACUCAAAAUAGAGAUUAUACUUUAGAUUUAAGACGGAUACCUUUUUGUAUAAAUCAACAAGUUUCUAAAGCAAUACCAAUAGUAGAAGAUAAUAUUUAUAUAACUGAUAUUGAAUAUUCGCCAUUAGUUGGAGGGUUUUCUAUAGUUUUAAAUGAUGGGAGGGCUGCAUUUUUGACUGCAUCUUCACUUAAAUUUGAUCCUAAUCAAGUACAAGGAAUCUGGGCUCAAAAUAUUGAAGACGCCACUUGUACAACUAUUAAUCAUAAAUAUAGACUGAUUACAUUUGGUAGAGGAAAUGCUGAAUGUGUAGUAUACUAUGUAGACGACAGUACAGGAGGCCUAGAAGUAUCUCACAAUUGUGUGUUGAGCAGUAAAGACUAUCCAGGAUGUCCAGGAGCUGUGGGCAACGUUUUGUGGACUCCGGAUGGUUGUGCGCUAGUAGCUUCUUGGUCGCAAGGUGGAUUAGCGAUAUGGUCGACAUUUGGCGCUUUGCUUAUGUGUUCACUUGGUUGGGAUUAUGGUUUAAAUGUGGAUAUACUGAAGUGUAAUCCCUUACAAAUCGUAUCAAUGGAUUUUGCCACUGAAGGCUACCAACUAUGGAUGAUAAGGAAAAUCAUUGAAACUGCCACUGUGCCAAAACUAGACAAUGAUAACAGUGAAAAUGGCAAUUUUCUAGCAAACGAAUCAAAUUUAAUUCAAUUAGAUUUUGUUAAAAGUGCUCUAACUAUAAAUCCUUGCAUGAGCCAUCAAAGUCAUCUUUAUCUGCAAGGAGAAGAUAAACUCUAUGUAAAUUCGGCUGACAAUUUAAUAAAAACCUUUUCGGAAAGAUCGAAUAGAGAUGAAGCAAUUUUCGGAGAAAAUAUGGCAUUAACAUCUACUUUAGCUGAAGGAAGACAAUGGCUUGUUAUACCUGUACCUUCGACGUAUUCUGCUACUAAUUGGCCUGUGAGGUAUUCAGCAAUAGAUGUAGAAGGUCAAAAUAUAGCGAUAGCUGGCCGUACAGGCCUGGCACAUUAUUCCAUGCUAACUAGAAGAUGGAAGCUUUUCGGUAACGAAAGCCAAGAAAAAGAUUUCAUUGUUGCCGGCGGUUUACUUUGGUGGCGCGACUAUAUUAUAUUGGGUUGUUAUAGUAUUGUGGACAAUUUAGAUGAAUUGAGAUUUUACUCGAAAGAAUCUAAAUUGGAUAACAAAUUUGCGAAAAUGGUGUCAGUGAGCGCACCAAUUUUGCUAAUCAAUAUUUUAGAAGAUCAAUUAUUAACUUUUGGAUCUGAUGCUCAAAUUUGUAUUUGGCAACUGAGACAAAACGAUGCAGUUGGCAAUGUUAACUUAACAAAAAUGCAAUCGAUUGAUGUCUCGGCUCUAGCUGUCCACCCAGCUUGUAUAAUCUCUAUUACUCUAACUGCUCUCAGAACUGAAUCAAAUAUUAAAAACUCUCAUCCUCAAAACACACCCGAAAGUAUGGUAAUAAACGUAAGUGGACGAUUGUUGCUGGUGCAAAGAGAAGCUAGGAACGGCGAGAAAUCUGCUUGUCUUAUGCCUACUGUGUUGGCUAGUUGUGUGGAAAAUGUGUGGGUUCCUGCUAGAAGACAUCAAGACAAAGCUCAUUUGACUGAAGCUCUCUGGUUAUUUUGUGGUUCACACGGUAUGAGAGUUUGGUUGCCCCUAUACCCAAGGGAUGGGAAUAAACCCCAUAGUUUCAUGUCAAAAAGGAUAAUGUUACCAUUCCAAUUGAAAAUCUAUCCUCUAGCAAUAUUGUUUGAAGAUGCCAUUAUCCUCGGAGCUGAAAACGAUACAGUACUGUAUUCCUCUGACCAAAAUUCGCCAUUUUCACUGCCUUUUAGUGUUCUGCAAAGAACUAGUCAAGUUUACUUGCAUCAAAUAUUAAGACAAUUAAUAAGAAGAAAUUUGGGAUAUCAUGCCUGGGAAAUAGCUAAAAGUUGCAUGAGCUUACCAUAUUUUCCUCAUUCAUUAGAACUUUUAUUGCAUGAGGUUUUAGAAGAAGAAGCUACAAGCAAAGAACCCAUUCCCGAUGCUCAACUGCCAAGCGUAAUAGAAUUUAUAAUGGAAUUUCCAGUUUAUUUACAAACAGUGGUACAAUGUGCUAGAAAAACUGAGAUAGCUUUGUGGCCCUACUUAUUUUCAGCAGCUGGAAAACCAAAAGAUUUGUUUCAGGAAUGUAUGGCCAAGGGUCAGUUGGAUACUGCAGCCUCUUACCUUAUUAUUUUGCAGAAUUUAGAAACAUCAUCUGUUAGCCGUCAAUAUGCUACUUUAUUGUUAAACACCGCAUUGGACCAAUCCAAAUGGGAAUUAGCCAAAGAUUUGGUGCGGUUUUUAAGAGCUAUAGAUCCAAAUGAUGUUGAGUCUCCACGCAACUCCUUCAUCCUACCGAGUAAACUAAACAAGCAAACUCCUCCUGUUAGUCCGAACGCCGAAGAUAUUUCUCUUAUAUUAGGAAAUGUUCAAGGGACCAGGGUGCGUUCUUACAGUACUACAGUAUCGCCAAAAGUAUUGGAAAAGCAAAAUACUGUGGAGAAAAUGAAUUGUGUUCCAGAAUCACCAAAUCCGACUAGGAAAAAAUCAGUUCCAGCUGGGCCUGGAUCAAAAUUUGAUGCAAGGAACUCCCCAAACAGCACCGCAGAAGAAUUCUUCAUCGAUGUCAUACUCCAAAAACACGCUAGAAAACUACUGUCCAACAGACGACUGACAGAUUUGGGAUACUUUGCUGCCCAUCUCGAUUUUCACUUGGUAGCUUGGUUAGGAAAAGAACGAGACCGAGCAGCUAGGGUAGACGAUUUUGUUACAGCUAUGAAGCAACUUCACGAAGAGUUCAAUUGGCCUUAUCCUGUUCCGUCGACUUUGUCGCCGAGAGAAAGUUUUUCGAAGCCUCAAUCUCCAACCGAAUAUGCUACUACUGACAGCUUAGAAGACCAAAUGCAAUCUUUAAAAGUGGACGUUUUUAAUUAUCCUACAACUUCCAGUAGAGUGGGUGAUAGUGGUUAUAUGAGUUUUCAAGGCCUACCAGGCAGAGGCUUAGUUACUCCAGUAAACACAUUGGAUUAUUCUAGUCAAAUUACAGACGAAGUUGAUUUGGAUGCUGAACACAGUUCUAUUUUGAAAGGUAAUGUAAGAAAUGAACCGUUGAGUCCACGGGAUAAGAAUUUGCAGUUUUUCAUGGGGGAGAAUGUGGAAGGAUUUAUCACAAAUUUAAAUUUAGGCUUACAAACUACAUCAUUACAAACAAACAAUAUAAUAGAUGAAUCGGUGCUAAGUACUGUCAGUUCUGUAUGGGACGAGGAUAGAGAUUUAGUAAGUAGUCCUAGUACGGAUAAUUGGGAAGUUCCGUCCACACAAAUAUUAGAACAUUUAUCAAAUACAGAUAAUCGAGGGUCACAUAAAUCGGAGAUCCAAUUAAGGUAUUUACUUCAACUCUUCAUGGAAGCCAGCUGCUUAGAAUGGUCCUUACUGAUAUCAGUGUUGCUCAGAGAUGCUAUGGCAGUACUACGUACGGUAAAUGCUGCCAAAUCGCAAGAUCAGUCCAUAGAGUCUGUGUCCAGGCUACGACAGGGUGUUUUAAUAUUGAAUUAUUGGACAAACACUCAAUGUUUGGGAUACAAAGCAUUUAUGUUGGCCAUACAAAAUCAGAUGUCCGUCCUAACCAGAAUUCUGGAAACCAAGAUCCAACAUCAACAAAUCAUCGACUAUCAGCAAGCUGUAUCUGCAACUCUGAACAAAGUAACUUUGCAAAAUCCUCGUUCGCGAAAGUCGAGUCAAAACGUCGACACCAGCGCGAGUACAGGGAGUAUUAAAAGUAAAAAAAGCUUUAGUAAUGGUAGUGCAGUAGUAGUGCCCAAAGUUUUGAGUACUAGUACAAGUGAAGUUGGUAAAAAUGAAAAAAUUACCAACGAGGAUGAAGGUGCUGAAGAUUCUCUUAUACCUGAGAGUACAGGUUGUGUGAUUAUGUAAUUUAAGUAACCAUAUUGCCAAGAUAUUUUUCAAAUUAAACCUAUACAUGACGUAAAUAGUAAUAUAUCGAAAAUAUUUAUAUAAUAUUUACUGUAAAAGCUGUAGAAUAAAGAAAUGACUUUCGUCCAUUGGUAAUGCGCUGUUAGAAAAGAACUGAAAUUUUUUUGUUAUAGGAAAGUUUUCAAUCUUCUAGGUUAUUAGAGCAUUUUUAUAUUAACCAGUUUGUAGCCUAAAUAUCCAUGUUAAAUAGUAGAUGAGUUAGUACAUAAUAUCUUUAAUUUAUUAUUUAGAUCAGAAUCUCCAAUCAACGUUAAUUUUUUUAAAAUUCCUAUUAGGUCUCUUUCAAUCUGGCUCAGAAACUGUUAUUUUUUUAUGCACUUUGUUUUAUCACAAUAGUUAUUGUUAAGUUGUAAGUCUUUGAGGUAAAUAAGCUCUUCUCGUGUACCAUACACCACAAUGAGGUCUCUUAUAAGGCCUGUCAGCAGCAUGUUCAUCUUGGUCAGUUGGUAAGACGGAUGGCCACAUUGGUCUAUAAACUUCUAGUGACAUAUUCAUUAAUUCCAGUUCAAGGUAAGGUUCAUUAUUUUCUUCUUCCGUUACAUCCCAAUAUAUUCCAGAAUUCUUCGUACUAGAACCAGUGACUCGUGAUCGCUAAUAAUUGCAUUGUCCGUAUUAAUUUCCAGUACAUCUACAUGUCGUUCUUGAAUAGAUAAAUUAGCAUCAACUUUCUUUAUUGGCGAUGACUUAAAAGCAUUAAAAUUUUCUCGAUCAGUUAGAUUGGACUGGCCUUACUUUAUUGAGACGACCCACAUUGUUUUGGUUGUUCAUUUCAUGUUCUGAGUGUUGCUUAAGUUAUUCCAAUGGUCAAAAUUUCUUGGCAGUAGCUUGAUGCAUUUUUCUUAAGAUAAUUUUUGAUUAUGCCUUCUCAAAUCUGCGCUGUGAUUGAAGUGUUGAUUCACCAGUUUAAUCGUCCCUGAAAGACUUUAGACUUGAAACAAUUUUUUUCUAUUUGGGUGUCAUAUCGAAGUCUUUUCGACACUAAAAGUAGUUUCGAAAAGAAGCUCUUUGAGACACUCCUUUUUUACUUAUCGGAGGUUGGUUACACUGGCUGACUGAUGGUCAUCGAACUGUCAUUCGCGAUUUUAUAAUAGAAGAUUUCUAUAUUUGGCAUGCAGUGUUACCAACUUAAACAUAUGAAAUCAGGAAAUAUGAGAAUAAAACUUCCAAGAAAAAUUUGUUUUUUUUAAUUAAACAAUACCAAAAUAGAAAAAAUAGUAUAAAAUAUUCGUUUCAUAAGACAUUUUAUCGCACUCGCCCUUUAGAAAACUCGCCUCCGGCUCGUUUUCUAAUAUAGGGCUCGUGCGAUAAAAUGACGUCUUAUGAAACUUGUAUUUUAAUGUACUAUUAUUUGAUUUUGAACCCAAAUAUCGUUGAUCAAUUAAUUUUAUUUAUUAAAAAUGUGUUUCACAAUGAAACCAAUUUGGAUUCUUAUUACGAAAGUUAAUUAAGUGUACCUGUGAUUAGUUUGUAAUUUGAAUAAUUUUUCUUGCCCAAUAAUUAUGUUAAAAUUUAAGGGUUGAGGGAUUUAAGUGUUUUAUAAUUUGUAGUGAAAUAUUAAUAUGGAGAAUAUACGGGGUUACUCAUAAUUUGCCUUGUAACAUACCUACAUCGAGAACAGAUUGAAUUAUCAGUAACCAAGUAUCAUUCUCAUAUAUUUAACAGUUAUUAUUGUUUUAGGCAAUAACUCACUAGUUAUAGGUAUUUAUCAUAUUUUACCCACUGAGCAUUUACUUAGUUUUUAAUUUAAAGAAAAAUACUGUGUCAAAAAUUUACUGUGUACCUAUUGGACAAAUCUGUAUCCACUAAUUAAAAUUUAUAUUUAUUUAUUUGUUUAAAUGUGCAGUACCUAAAUCUGUUUUGCCUUGUUAACGAUUUAAAAUAAUUAACUAAGAAUACUAAAAAUACUCUUUUUUUGUUAUGUAUUAUAGUUAUUUUAAUAUUUUGUAUAGAAAUUAUAUUAUUAAAAUUAUAUAAAAUUAAAAUUUGGUGUCUUAAUUUUCCAUUUAUUUUAUGGCGUCAAAUAAUCAAUACCAUUCAAAUGUCCAUCGUCACGUUUCCUUUGCUGUUCCAACCUUUCUCUGUCGUAACCGUCUAUACCCAAACCCAAUCUUUCUAUAGCAUUUUCACCCAAAUAACCAUUUAGCUCUUGGUAUUGUCUGGACCGUCUUGUACCGACAUCAGGAUCAAAGGGCCAUUCUACUGAUUUAUGUAAAACCGGAUGACCUGCUAUAUUAAAUUGAACCAAAUCUCUUACUAAAGUUAAGGGAUCUGCUUUAGUGAUGGUGUUUAAAGUGAGAAUGGAUGUGAAAAUCUAAAAAAUAAAAUGUUAACAGAAUAAAUAGGAUAUGGAAGUGUCAC